GGCUGGCUUCGAGCUCUGUUGCGAGUCUCGGAUACCUAAGCUUCUCCCAGCAGAAAAAACACCCUUUAGUCCAUUUUCCAAUCAAACACCUGUGAACGCAGUCAAUUACCUCUGCCGACCCAAUUGAACCAUCACAAUGUUUGCCCGAACUGCCUUCAGGGCCGCGCAGCCCCUCAAGCUGCAAGCCCGCCGCUACGCCACCGAGCCCGCCGCCAAGGGCAGCAGCUCCAACACGGCGCUCUACGCCGGCGGUGCCGCCGCCGUCGCGGGCGGCGCCUACUACUUCCUCGCCGGGGGCUCCUCCGCUAGCGCGGCGCAAAAGGCCGAGGCCAAGGUCAAGGAAGCCGUCGGCGCGGCGCCCAAGAAGGCGCUCACGGGCGGCGACCAGGGCUUCGUGUCGCUGAAGCUCGAGGAUACCGAGAUUAUCAACCACAACACCAAGAAGCUCCGCUUCAAGCUGCCCGAGGACGACAUGAUUUCUGGUCUGGACGUCGCGAGCGCCAUCUUGACCAAGUACAAGGGUCCCGAGGACGAGAAGGCUACCUUGAGGCCUUAUACCCCUACCAGCGACGAGGACACCAAGGGCUACCUCGAGCUCAUCGUCAAGAAGUACCCCAACGGCCCCAUGUCGACGCACAUGCACGACAUGACCCCCGGCCAGCGCCUCGACUUCAAGGGCCCCCUCCCCAAAUACGCCUGGUCCCCCAACAAGCACGAGCACAUUGCCCUCGUCGCCGGCGGCACGGGCAUCACGCCCAUGUACCAGCUCGCGCGCGCCAUCUUCAACAACCCGGACGACAAGACCAAGGUGACGCUCGUCUUUGGCAACGUGACGGAGGAGGAUAUCCUGCUCAAGAAGGAGCUCGCCGAGCUCGAGAACACGUACCCGCAGCGCUUCCGCGCCUUUUACGUGCUCGACAAGCCGCCCAAGGAGUGGAGCGGCAACAAGGGGUUCAUUACCAAGGAGCUGCUGAAGCAGGUUCUCCCCGAGCCCAAGAGCGAGAACAUCAAGGUGUUUGUGUGUGGCCCGCCUGGGUUGAUGAAUGCUGUUUCUGGAAACAAGAAGAGUCCCAAGGACCAGGGCGAGCUUGUUGGUGUUCUCAAGGAGUUGGGAUACGCUCCUGACCAGGUCUACAAGUUCUAGAGUCGUUGCCUUUUUGUAUAAAAGGGGGGCCAUGUGGAGAGCGUCGACGGGGAAAUUUUCUUGUUGUAUGAAUAGUCGAGGCGAUAGACGCAUAGAUUCCUAAAUGAAUGCUGGCGGUUUGCGCACGUCACUUUGAGUAAAGGGCUACCAGUGGGGUCUCGGGAGGAAAAUCUACUUGGUCCGAUGAAUCAUGCUAAUGGUCCAUCCCUCGAUUUGACGUAUACGCAACUGAAGACUCACAUGCCCCUCCCCUCCAGUUCCUGCCUAAGUAAGGUACACCUACCCUAUAUAUACCCCCUCAACGCCAUUCCUGUCACCAGCCAGGAGGCGCCCGUCUAGGUCGACG